AUGCAAUGGUCUGUUUUGGGGGUUAUGAGAGUUCUUAUGGAAUCAAGAACGAAAACAUUCAUAUCACCGGCAGUUUUCUCGGCGCUUUUUCCUCUGACUGACUUCGUUCUUUGGUUGGACGCCGCCAUUAUGGCUGAUAAACACAUAAGCAGGGAUGAGUUUGAAAGGCUUGCUGUUAAAUAUUUUUUCAGCGACGACAUUAGUCUGAAUUUAACUUACAAUUCAAACUUAGAGCUUAAAGUUUUGCCAAUGUCAAAUGAGGUUCAACCGGCAUCUUUCUGCUAUAUGCCGCGAGUACUGUGCCGCGUCAGAGAGGUAAAACUCAGAGAUAACUUGCCGUACAAUCCAGUCCAAACUCGUCAGGAAAUAAGGAAAAAUUUUCUUAGACUAUCGCCAUUGCGUGUGUGCACACAAAUUCGUUUCAAUUCAUCGGAAUAUUCAAUUGAGUACGGCGCAAAAAAUUCAGGGGACCCGGUAUUCCCUGUAAGCAAAAUUACUUUCGUCUUGCCGUUCGCUACAGUAACUCUGGCCACCCUUGAAGAUUUUCAUCAGAUAGAAUUCUCUUACAAGGGAAUUCUCUCUGUUUGCUCUGACUUCUUGAUUAAUAAACUCGGGCGCAACGGCUUUGAUGUUCCAAAUUCUAUCAAUGAUGUAGAGACGAACCAAUAUAUCCUGACAGUAAUUUGUAUCUCUAUAUCAAUUCUUUGUCUAGCUUUAACUGUAUCAAGCUAUUGUUUCUUUCCUGUUCUCUGCAAUACGGCCGGGCUGAACAAUGUGAGUCUUUGUCUCACUCUUCUGUUCGCUCAAGUUGCUCUUGUUGUAGCUGUCCAUCUCCAGAAGUACUUGCCACAAGGGGGGCUAGUGUGCAUAGGCUCAGGCAUCUUGACACACUUUCUGUGGCUCUGCAUGUUUUGCUGGAGUUUUGUCUGUUGUUUUCGCGUAUUCAAAGUCUUCACUUCGGAGACUCGGUUAAAUCGCAUGCCAUGGAUCACUAGAAAAUGUGAGCUCGGAAAGAGCUGGGCAUUUUGCCUUAUUGUUCCUUGUGUCAUCAUAGGGGCUGUGACAGCCGUUUCUUAUACGAUCACGAAAGGCCACAGCAUUGGCUAUUCCCGAUGCUACCUUGACUCUGCUAUGUUGAUUGGUCUGGCAAUGAUGAUGCCGAUUGGUCUUGUCGUUCUCGGUAAUCUAAUUUUCUUCUCUGUCACUAUUGUCAAGAUCCGUUCUGUAUUGCAGCUCCAUCCGGGUAGAACCAACGGGCGAAAUGAAGAAAAGAACCUUUUCUGCGUUUACAUUAAAUUGUCAUUUUUAACGGGCGCUUUCUGGACACUGGCCAUUGUCUCUGAAGUUUUAGACAGCGAUCCACUCCGAUAUAUGGGAAUCGUUACAAACGGUUUGCAGGGUGUCUUUAUAUUUGUGUCAUAUGCGUGCAACCCGAGGGUUAUCGGUCUUUACAAGCAGAAGUUUGGGAUUUCAAAUCGCUAAAAAGAAAUCAACGAAUAAACCUAAUGACAAUGGGUGACGACCGCAAAACUCUCAUCUUGAGAAGAUCUACCGCUAAUAAUAACUUGGCCCUCAACAGUUGCAGACAUGUUUGGCACAUAUAUUCACGGCCGACAUAUAAUCUUCAGUUCCCGCUGGGCGGAGCACAGGGUUCUUUACAAAUUGGGUAUUUACACGGGAGGUCGAGUUCGAAUCCUAGCGCAUUCACUGUUUGGCUGUUUUGUUUUCAUUAUUGCGGCUCUCUUGUGACAACAAUAUCAGCCCAACGUCUCGUCAUAGGGUCAUGUGUGCAAGUACCCCACAUUCGAUGUAAAUUAAUUAUAAUUGUACAAAGUCGUAUUUGUCUUUGCAAGGCAUUCUUCUUGUGCCGGUGUUAGGUCUAGAGCAGACUUUGACGAUCGUGGUGCCCCUUUCGUCUUACAUGAAUACAAGUGACCUAAAGUAGUUUUUCAUGCUUCACUUUGUAAGUGACUUAUUAUGUUCCUUAUCACGAGUUGCGAUAUAUGCGUCAUUUUGGGGCCGUUUCUAAUCGAGAUAUUUUCGUUUUAAAGUUCCCAUUGCGAUUUGUCAGCGGUGUAUCUUAACGUUUUAUAUUAACUCCAUCCAACCCUCGACACCAGUAGCCAUCAAGCGUCAAAAAGAUUUUUGGAAUUGCCGAAAAAGCCAAAAUUUAACCUUCGAAAGAUUUUCGAAAUUGCUCCCUUAAUUUUAUAUACCCAAUUAUCAGUCAUCUCGAACUGUUGACUAUCCCCCUUUCUUUGUGGUCUUUUUGUACCGCUAUCGUAUCAACUCACCCCAAAUUCUAACUCAGUGACUCCAGCUAUAGGCCUACCUGACAAAGCUACUGCUUUGUUGUUGGUGUGUUUUAUUGUCUACAUUCCUGGGGGGAUAAAUGAGUUGAGGCAAAGAAUCCAAAGUGUAACACUAGUCAGAACCUGAAAUACAAGUCAUUGCGGUCGUGAAUAGCCUAGCCUUCGCCACACGAAGCUAUGAUGUUUGUACGCCUUUGACACGAAGCAUGUAUUAAAGAAACAAUGAAA